CGGUGUCACUGGGAGCUCCUGGGGGGUGAAGAGUCCCCCCGAGGACAGCGGGGCAGCCCAGGGCCGAGGGAGGCAUCUGCACUGUGCUCCAUCAUCGCAGGGGAGCCAGGACACCGCCAGCACACGAGAAACAGGCACGUCCUCUGCCCCGGAGAACUUCUGGGCUCUGUAAAGGAAGGAAAACCAGCCAGGAUUUGGGGUGACAACUCAGGCAUCCUCAGGCCCUGCAUUUGAUGUGAAAAUGACCAAGUUGGGGUUUCUCCGGCUCUCCUAUGAGAAGCAGGACACGCUGCUCAAGCUCCUCAUCCUGUCGAUGGCAGCUGUCCUGUCUUUCUCCACGAGACUUUUCUCUGUCUUAAGAUUUGAAAGUGUCAUCCAUGAGUUUGACCCGUAUUUCAACUACCGCACCACCCGCUUCCUGGCUGAGGAGGGCUUCUACAAAUUCCACAACUGGUUUGACGACCGAGCAUGGUACCCCCUGGGCAGGAUCAUCGGGGGAACCAUUUACCCAGGCCUGAUGAUCACAUCAGCAGCCAUUUACCACGUGCUGCACUUCUUCCACAUCACCAUCGACAUCCGCAACGUCUGCGUGUUCCUGGCUCCCCUCUUCUCCUCCUUCACCACCAUCGUGACUUACCACCUCACCAAAGAGCUCAAGGAUGCAGGGGCAGGACUCCUUGCUGCUGCCAUGAUUGCUGUUGUGCCUGGAUACAUCUCUCGAUCUGUUGCUGGCUCCUAUGAUAAUGAAGGUAUCGCCAUAUUCUGCAUGCUCUUGACCUACUACAUGUGGAUCAAGGCCGUCAAAACUGGCUCCAUCUAUUGGGCAGCCAUGUGUGCCCUCGCCUAUUUCUACAUGGUCUCCUCCUGGGGUGGCUACGUCUUCCUGAUCAACCUCAUCCCCUUGCACGUCCUGGUGCUGAUGCUCACCGGGCGCUUCUCCCACAGGAUCUACGUAGCCUAUUGCACAGUCUACUGCUUGGGAACCAUCCUCUCCAUGCAGAUCUCCUUUGUUGGCUUCCAGCCUGUCCUCUCCUCGGAGCACAUGGCUGCCCUUGGAGUCUUUGGCUUGUGCCAGAUCCAUGCCUUCGUGGACUACCUCCGGAGCAAGCUGAACCCACAGCAGUUUGAAGUCCUCUUCAGGAGUGUCAUUUCCCUGGUCGGCUUCGUCCUCCUCUCUGUCGGGGCCGUGCUGAUGCUCACAGGGAAAAUCUCCCCAUGGACGGGGCGCUUCUAUUCCCUGUUGGACCCUUCCUAUGCCAAGAACAACAUCCCCAUCAUCGCCUCCGUCUCUGAGCACCAGCCCACCACUUGGUCCUCCUACUACUUCGACCUGCAGCUCCUUGUUUUCAUGUUCCCAGUUGGUCUCUACUACUGCUUCAGCAACCUCUCAGACGCCCGUAUCUUCAUCAUCAUGUACGGCGUGACCAGCAUGUACUUCUCUGCUGUCAUGGUGCGUCUCAUGCUGGUGCUGGCUCCGGUGAUGUGCAUCCUGUCUGGCAUCGGGGUCUCUCAGGUGUUGUCCACCUACAUGAAGAACCUGGAUAUCAGCCGGCCAGACAAGAAAAGCAAAAAGCAGCAAGACUCCACCUACCCCAUUAAAAACGAGGUUGCCAGUGGCAUGAUCCUGGUCAUGGCGUUCUUCCUGAUCACCUACACCUUCCACUCCACCUGGGUGACCAGCGAGGCCUAUUCCUCCCCCUCCAUCGUUCUCUCUGCCCGUGGCGGGGAUGGCAGCAGGAUCAUCUUCGAUGACUUCCGAGAAGCUUAUUACUGGCUGCGGCACAACACGCCGGAGGAUGCCAAGGUGAUGUCCUGGUGGGACUACGGGUACCAGAUCACUGCCAUGGCCAACCGGACCAUCCUGGUGGACAACAACACCUGGAACAACACGCACAUCUCCCGCGUCGGCCAGGCCAUGGCAUCGACAGAGGAGAAGGCCUACGAGAUCAUGAGGGAGCUGGACGUCAGCUACGUGCUGGUCAUCUUUGGCGGCCUCACCGGGUACUCAUCGGACGACAUCAACAAGUUCCUGUGGAUGGUGCGGAUCGGGGGCAGCACGGACACGGGCCGCCACAUCAAGGAGCACGACUACUACACCCCCACCGGGGAGUUCCGAGUCGACCGCGAGGGCUCCCCGGUGCUGCUCAACUGCCUCAUGUACAAGAUGUGCUACUACCGCUUCGGCCAGGUCUACACUGAGGCCAAGCGACCCCCAGGCUACGACCGGGUGAGGAACGCCGAAAUCGGCAACAAGGACUUUGAGCUGGACGUGCUGGAGGAGGCGUACACCACAGAGCACUGGCUGGUCCGAAUAUACAAGGUGAAAGAUUUGGACAACCGCGGGUUGUCGAGGACGUAGAGGAGCCGGCACCGGCCGCGCCGGACACUGCACUGACCCAGCCUUGCCUGUGCAGCAGAGAUUUGGGGUUUGGUGGGCUUUCGAGGGGGGCUGUUUCGGGUUUGUUUUGUACCGUUUGUAAGCGCAGGCAGUGGCGGGAGGACCCUGCCCGCCCCAUCCUGCCGGGAGUGAUUUUUAUAUACACACACAGCCGCUGCCAAAUCAGGAAUUGCGGCUCUCACCGGGGCUGAUUGACCAGGAAUUGUGAAGAAUACAAAUAAAUAAAAAUAAAUUUGGUGGGUUUCUCCCCGAAUUCUGUCA